UCGGAGGCGCGCGGGGACAGCGAAGACGGGGUUCGGAACGUUCCACGUCGCGAGGGUACCGCGCGUGCGCAGAAGUCGGUGUGCCUUGCGUGUAGCUUGCACGUGUGAACGAGUUACGUUCUUCUUUUAUCUCUCCCAAAUCGGGGCUAAGUGAAACGCGGGAAGGCUGAGGACGCAUGGAGUGAGCGUGCAGGAAGGAGCCCAUGGCUGAAGUGCACGUGAUCGGUCAGAUUGUGGGAGCCAGCGGAUUCCCCCGCAGCAGCCUCUUUUGCAAAUGGGGGAUCCACACAGGUGGCGCCUGGAAGCUGCUCUCGGGGCUCCGGGAAGGGCAGACCCAUGUUGACAACCCCCAGUUGGAUGACGUGGCCUACUGGUCCCACCCCAUCGACGUCCACUUUGCCACCAAAGGCUUGCAAGGCUGGCCCAAGCUCCACCUCCAGGUGUGGCACCAGGACUCCUUCGGGCGCUGCGAGCUCUACGGCUACGGCUUCUGCCACGUGCCCUCCAGCCCCGGCUCCCACCGGCUGGACUGUGUGACCUGGCGGCCCCUGGGCUCCUGGCAGGAGCAGCUCUCCCAGCGCUUCGUGGGGGGCGGGCCCCAGCUCCUCAACAGCGACCUCAUCUACACGGGGGCCGACCGCUACCGCCUGCAGACCUGCGCCAUGGGCACCGUCCACCUCCAGCUGGCCGUUCUCCUGCGGAACUUUGACCGCUACGGCGUCGAGGCCUGAGCCCCACCGUGCCUUCUCGGGGCGGAACUCCGGCUCUCCUCUUUGGCCCUGUCGACGCCCUGUGCCUCCUACUCCACGGGCGGGGGGGCGGGGUCUAACGGACGGCUCUUUGUCAGAGAGCUCCAGAACUCCUGGGUUCUCUUCUCAGUGGCGUGAGCCACAAAUGUUGCAUCCGCAGGUGUCCCCCCACGGCCCCCGUGUGCCUUUUGGGAACGAAAAAAUUCGUUCUGGGUGGGUUUGCAGUUUCCGGGAGCACGGUUUGGCUGGAUAUCCGGCUGCAAGAAGCAGAAAGCAAUUUUGUGGUCUUUUCACCGCCCUUUUGUGGCUCCCAUCCUCUGCUCUGCAGAGUUGCCCCUAAAAAAUAACUGUUCUGUAUGUGCAUUAAAUGUGCUUUCCCCACCCCCAAA